AAUAUGAAUUAUAGGACCCAAAUAAAUUUCGCUCUGCGAGGACGACGAGGUAAUUUGCGUUGCUUGCCGUGUAUAUGUGCUUUCCGUGGUCUUGUUCAUGAGAGUUGCUUUACUACAUUCAAUGUGUGCUCUGUCAAAUCAGAUCCGAGAUAAGGCUACGUCUCCUAGGAAAGUAGAGAAAAGUGAAUUCGUCUAUCGUCUCAAAUCGUCAGAUGUUUACGCUUAUCGAAAACACUUCUUUACGAGAUCGAGAGCCGACAUGAGUGUGACCACUUCCUCGGAAUUCUUUACUCCUUAAUACGAACUAUCUGCCCGAUCGAACAACUUCGCUCAAGUUCCCGGAUGUCGCGUAUACUCUUCCGCCCCUAUCAGAAAAGUGAUAUUUAGAAGGAAGUACUCACUGUGGUGUUAUUCUACUGCAGUUGAAUAGUAACUACAGCGUUCUGGUCGCACUAAUUCUUGUUAGUUGCAGCAUGCGCAUAGUCAACAUUUUCAAAUCCAUUUGACAGGAUGGAACAUGAGGUAGCAUGACAUGACAUUUUCAAAUAGAGAUAGACUUUCAUGCCUUUAUCUUCUUCGUUUCUACGCUAUCAAUAGGGCGUUCAGUUGUAGUCGGUUUUGUAUAUGUUAUUCGUUAUCGUUUAGUUAGAACCUCCAACUAUUUUCUUUCUCAGCUAUCAAAUAAAACUACCAGCAAAGUAGAUCUAGUAUUUGUUUCCAACAAAAAAAUACAAAUAGAGUAACAAUAAAAAUGGGUGCUCACGACCAAAUUGUAGCGCCCGAGGCCGGCGCUGGUGGCCAUGGGGAGUCAUCCGCAUCUGCCGUUCGGCAAUGUCUUUUUCUCGCAUUUUAUGAGGUUUGUAUUAUCGCUUGUUAUGGGUUGUGGACGACCUACGGCGAAAAAGCCAGCGUUUCUUUUAAGGCUUCCCCUCAUCGUCCAUCUUCCGAAGCAUCCUCAGGAGGCUUUUCAAGGGAAAUAAAAGGCACUUAGGAUGCGUCUCGAGAUGGAUCCACUAGGGUGAGCUCUAACUCUGCUGCAGAUAGCGUGACCGUGCCAGGAAUGUCCCAGUACUAUCCGCUUUACCAGGACGUCCACGUCAUGAUCUUCAUCGGGUUCGGGUUUCUGAUGACGUUUUUGAAGAAGUACGGAUUUUCUUCGGUGGCGUAUAACUUCUGCUUGGCGGCAUUGACGAUUCAAUACGCGAUUCUGAUGGUCGGUCUAGUUCACAGGGUCUUCGAACAAGACUUCAGCCACAAGAUCGACUUGUCUGUCCAAAGCCUCAAUUGGUGGUCAUGAUGUGGUUGGAGAUCAUUUUUUAUGCGGUGAACGAGCAUAUCGGUGCCGUUGAGUGGUCAGCGGUUGACAUGGGAGGAUCGAUGUACGUACACACAUUUGGUGCAUUUUUUGGUCUGGGAGUAAGCUUCAUGUUGGCUCGAAAGCAAUCCUACGCAAACCGACUGUUUCCAGUGCCGACUAGUGAGCCGGCGAAGUUACGUCACCUUGUAGUCGUUCCAGAAUUAGAAUGUUAUAAACGAAUAUAACAAUGAGAAAUAGAUGACCAAAAGAAAAAAACAAUAUAUGAUUAAGUAGAAGAACUACAUCUACAUCGGUAUCGGUAAUCAAUGUAACCAAAGCUGUAAUUCAUCUAGUUCAUUUCUAAGAAACGACCAAAGUAACGAGAUGGAGUUGUUCGGAAGCACCAAAACCUCGGACAUGUUCGCGAUGAUCGGAACGCUUUUCUUGUGGAUGUUCUGGCCCUCUUUCAAUGGCGCUCUUGCAGUCGGCAAUCAACAACAUCGCGUUGUGAUCAACACCGUUCUGUCCUUGACCAACAGCUGCGUGGGUGCGUUCAUUUUCAGCCGUUUGCUUCGACCAGGCCACAAACUCGACAUGGUGGACAUCCAGAAUGCAACGCUAGCUGGUGGUGUCGCAGUUGGGUCCUCUGCAGAUUUGGUCAUUGACCCUUGGAGCGCGUUGAUGAUCGGCUUUCUGGCUGGCGCGGUUUCGGUGUGUGGUUACGUGUACAUCUCUCCCAUGCUUGAACGCAAGCUUGGGUUGCAUGACACCUGUGGUGUGCUAAAUUUGCACGGAAUUCCCGGCAUUAUGGGAGGCCUGGGCGGUGCGAUUUCGGCAGCAACGGCAAGUGAGAGUGUUUACUUAUGGCUUUUCGUGUUUCUUGUAUUGAUGUUCACGUGCUGCUCGGUAACUCGUCAGCCUCUUGGUUGUAGUUCAAGUUCUUCACGUUCUUGGAUGGUAAUAUUUUGAAUAAGUGUAAGUUGUAGGUUUUCAUUUUCUCGACGUGUAGAACGAAUCGAUUCAGAAACAGAAAUAACGCAACUGACCUCACUCCGUUCUAAUCAUUGGCGACAAACUGCAUGACAUUUUUUCUGCAAUGAAGGACGACGACCGUACUGCGGCAGGCCAGGGAGCUUACCAAGCUGCAGCAUUGGCUCUUACUCUCGCGAUCAGCAUCAGCAGUGGAUGCUUCACUGGCGCGAUUUUAGGACAGAUGAAGGCACCGCCUACUUUUGCGGAGGAUAAGCCAGCUUGGCACAUCGAAGAGGACGAAAUGGACCAUGUGGCAUAAGAGGAAAGCAAACGAUAUAGAACUGACGAAAUCAUUAUAAUGGAGUGGUAGAACUUGAACUUCAACUUGAACAACUAGAAAUAGAACAAGAACACGAGUACGAAACUUCAUGCUCAUGCUGUAGCACCAAAAAAACCAUUAGAAUUCUGAGAAGAUUCAUGCUGUCUGUUGCUGCUGUGGCUGGGUCAUGGAAACAAACAUCAGAAUUAUUAUGUACUUGUACUUUCAUGAAGAUAACAUGUUGAUGUUGAUAAUCUUUUGAGCAAUAUUUAUAUUUUUAUUUCAAUUAAUCUUUCAUUAAGUAACACAUAUAGCCCAGCCCUGAAGCACUGCUUCGUGGGCUUAUGACAAUUUGACUUUUUUCGAUUCCGUUUUUUUAGAGAUAUCUGAAGUUUGAUUCUGUCACUUUUUUGAUUGGAUAGUUCGGUGGGGCUCCCCAUAGAAAUGCAUCGCAUGAUGCAGCAAGUUAGUAACUACUUAGUUUUAGUACUUCUCUAGUUCUGGAACACCAAGUGCAAGAACAUGGAUUGUAACUACUUACAUCAUGUUCUCGUAAAAAAUAACGUCGAUAUCAGUUGUCAUCAGAAGUCGUUGACGUUCCUGUAAAUGUAAUGUUUGUAGUCCGUGUAAAAAUGUUUUAAUCGAUGACUUAUGUAGUUUGUUGUCGAAUCUUCAUCUUCUCUUUCAUCGUGUCGAAAAUGAAAAGGCUAAUAGAGCGAUAGUAAAUAAAAUUAGAAGAAGACGGAUCGUCGAUUACGAAGUCGCAUUUCUUCUUCAAGUGUCGCGAAGGAAACGUGUAGAAAAGGCUCUAGGUAUUCAUAGUCAGAGAUAAGAAGUUAAAGAGAUUGGAGUAUGAUGUCAGAGUGAUAGUCAGGUAGAUCAUUCCAUGAUAUCAUGCAUUAUUUUCUUCGAGACAGAAUCUCAAUGUUUUCCUAGAAAGUUCCAUGCUGUCUAGCUUUAGCAUGAACAGAAAAUUAGCAUCAUCUCGUCGCUAAGAUUUCAAAAUUAUAUCUCAAAAGCAUCGUUGUAUGGUGCUCCUGCCGAUACGUUAGCUUCACCUCCUCGCUUUUGCACAGUAACACCUGACUAUAUUACGCAACCUUUGUAGGACGAGAGGUGCGGCUGUCGCAGCUGCGGGGAUGUCGGUGCAGUAAUAUAAGGAGGUAACCGGACUCCACCUGCCGCCGGUUUGCGAACUGGAUAAAACUGGGAUCACCCUUCCGGCGUUCUUGGACUACAAAAAAAAAAAAAAACGGUGUCCUGUGGAGGCAACCUGAUUGAUUGACUGAGACGAGGCUGCUGAGCUUCAUCCAAGAUAUUGGUACUAGGCAUAACUUUCUGUAAGCCUAAGCAGUAACAGCAUAAUGCUCAGCGGAUGAAGAAAGUAGGCAUAGCAACCGCACCAUGCUUGCUUUUUAAACUCUCUAUCUUCUUCUUCUUCACCAUUUCUAAAAAAUUUUAAGCAAGAAAUGAAAAUGAAGUAAUAAGACCAACUACAGCACGUGGUUGAUGGGGAUGGAAUUGCACAUUUUCCGUUGCACAGUCACUGCCACAGAAUAUCUAAAGCAUUUUUGCUGAGCUUGUAAUCUGGAAAAGUGACAUUCAUUCUUAGAACAGCAUAGACCUUAUUUGAGUCGUUAUCUGGGACCGUCAUUUUCUAUGGACCAUGCGGUGAUGGUUUCUUACGUAAGAAACGUUGUCAGAAGCAGACGAUCACGAAAGAAUAUGGGCACCAUCUUCAAGAAGGGUCGUCUUCAAAUUGAUGCUGACGCAAAAAAUGACUGAAGAAGUUCAAGAGCAAAUAAACUGUGGACACAGGAGUAUGGCUAUGCUGAGCCUCCUUUAUGAACAUCUUGUACCUUUUGUGAUUUAUUUUCAUGCUUGAAAUUCAACAAGUAGAACUUCUCCCAACAAGUGGGCACUACGAC